UUGGGCUGAGGAGGCGGCGCUGGGAAGGAGAAACAGGACAACUUGAGGGGCAGAAAGACUGAUUAUUUAGGAUUUCCAGGUCUGGGAAUUCAUGGCAGAGGGAGGGUGUGGAUUCUCCCUAGGCUACCAGCCUGGUAGAGAGUGCAGCAACAGCUGCUGCUAAGAGGAGGUAGAAGGAACUAACCAGAGCCCAGGAGGGCUGAAAUUUGAGCCUGGGAAUAGAAAGCCAAAGCCUGUUAUGUGACCGGUGCAGGUCCAAGAUAGAAGACAGAUUUUUUUUGGACUUUGAUUACCCCAGAAGGGUUGGACUUAGCCAGAAGGCCAAGCCACCUCAGAAACUGAGUCACUGAAAACCCAGGAGGGAAACUGAGGCAGGUUGACUGCAGUGCCAAACCACACAGGAGCCUGCUCUGGAACUGUGCCCUGCUAUGUUAAUCCCAUCUUAUACCCUGGGGGAUUCAUGAACCACUGUAACUGUUAUCCUACUCACUAUAAUUGCAGAUGCUGUUAUUUUAUGUAAAAUGUGAAAUCUCCCUUUUAAUCCAUAAGGAAUGGAUACAUGGAGAUCCUUGCAUUGAAACAAAUACAGCUACUUUUCAAUGGAAUGAUUAAUAUCUUCACAUGUACAAAAAGCUCAGCAUCUCACAUCUACAUAACAGCACUCUGUGCAACAGUCAUGAGUGAUGGUGUGAGAAGUAUCAUAUUUUUAAUAUCCUGAUUGAUCAUUCAGAUGUGUAAUGAAACAUUGCACAGCUGAGGAGGGUUGUGUGUGAAUUGGAGGGAGUAUGUGAAUUGGAUAUCAAUGUUGAAUAUUCCAGUAAGCUGUGUAUCCAUGGAGAUAAAGCCUGUCCAAAUCGCUUUACUGAUUCCUUUUGCUUAGCUGUGUAGAAGAAAUGUUACAGGUUAAUAAACAGACUUUAUUUAGACUGAAUGUGACAAUCCUUUCUCACUUUUAAAAUAACAGGUGCAGGAUACAAAUUUGAUGCAGGCUUUGAGAAGAUUGCUUCAAUCUUCCCUGUUAUGCUUUACCAGUUUGCUGUUGGACUUGUUCUAGAGAUAUGCCCAUUAUCACCAGAAGGUGUCAUACUGCUACCAUAUCAGAAGUGGUGUGAUUCCAAAAUUCAAAGAAGGCUAAUGCAGCUGUGUUUUGAAAACUGAGUGAAAUACAACCAAAUGGACUCCUCGAAGCACUUGCUUUGAUCUGCUGAGUUGGGGGGAAAUCGUACUGAGGAUCUGGUGUCUACCUCUGUAACCUCUAACUUCUCAGUGCAAUGGAACAAAGUGAGGGCAAGCAGGCACCCCAGCCAGAGAGUCAUGAGGACAGCAAGAGCAAUGUGAAAUCCUUGCCUGGGGGAGCUGUCCAUGUCUGGGGAGAAAUAAAAAAACAUGCAGUUACAGAUGACUACAAGCUCUCCAAACGGGUGCUAGGUUUGGGUGUUAAUGGCAAAGUACUGGAAUGUUUUAACAAGGUGACAGAGCAGAAAUGUGCUUUAAAGCUCCUGUAUGACAGUCCGAAAGCACGACAGGAGGUGGAUCAUCACUGGAGGGCGUCAGGGUGUCCCCAUAUUGUCCACAUUCUGGAUGUAUAUGAGAACAUACAUCAGGGGAAAAGAUGCCUCCUCAUCAUCAUGGAAUGCAUGGAGGGAGGGGAGCUGUUCAGUAGGAUCCAGGAGAGAGGAGAUCAAGCUUUCACGGAGAAAGAGGCCUCUGAGAUAAUGAGAGACAUCGGAACAGCCAUCCAGUAUCUGCAUGCAAUGAACAUUGCCCAUAGAGAUGUCAAGCCUGAAAACCUACUUUACACAUCCAAAGAAAAGAACGCAGUGCUCAAGCUCACAGACUUCGGGUUUGCCAAAGAGACCACUGUACAGAAUGCACUGCAGACGCCCUGUUACACUCCAUAUUAUGUGGCCCCAGAAGUCCUCGGUCCUGAGAAAUAUGACAAAUCAUGUGACAUGUGGUCUCUUGGUGUCAUCACAUAUAUUCUCCUGUGUGGGUUUCCUCCAUUUUACUCCAACACCGGACAAGCCAUUUCCCCAGGGAUGAAAAGGAGAAUUCGGAUGGGGCAAUAUGGGUUUCCCAAUCCAGAAUGGUCUGAAGUAUCAGAAGAAGCCAAGCAGCUGAUUCGUCACUUGCUUAAGACAGACCCGACUGAGAGAAUGACGAUUUCUCAGUUUAUGAAUCAUCCUUGGAUUAAUAAAUCAAUGGUGGUACCACCAACCCCACUUCAUACUGCACGGGUCCUGCAGGAGGAUAAAGACCACUGGGAUGAAGUGAAGGAAGAGAUGACGAGUGCUUUGGCUACCAUGAGAGUGGACUACGACCAAGUGAAAAUCAAAGACUUGAAAACAUCCAACAAUCGCCUCCUCAACAAACGCCGCAAGAAACAGAAACAGGCAGGCACCUCCUCCGCAGCCCCAGGAUGUAACAAUCAAUGAGAAUAAAGGAGAGGAGGCUGAGGACUUGAGGGUUAAAAUUAAAAGGAACAAAUAAAAAUGAGCAGGGUCAGCUUACCCUAUGCCACAAAGGGGCUGGCCUUGAGAAAAAGAGGAACCUGGUCUGCAAAGGGGGGAAGUGUUAAAGACUACAUCAUUCUAGAAUGUUAUCUGGGCUUUGCUUUUUAAGGGGGAUUUGUUCUUGUCAUAUGAUUUUUGCAUUUUGCCAGGGGUACCUAGCAGUACCAGAAAUUGGGGACUUUUGACACAGCUUUAGCUGUUUUGGGGCUGCAGAGGGUACAGGAGAUCAAGUCUUAGAAUACAGAUACAGGAAAGUUUUAACCACAGCCUGUGAGAGUGACUUCUACUGUGAUUUUAAGCUUGUGAAGGGGAAGACCAAAAUGUUCUGGUAGGUUCAAGACUUCAAACACAGGCACAGGGAAUGGAGUGAAAUGUCACUGCUCUCUUUACACAUGCAGCACAGUCUCAACUCUUGGUGUUGCUGGCGCAUCUGAAUCGCAGCUCAUGCUGGCAUUGGUGAGAACAGUGAGUGUUUUCCAGGUUUAACUCCUACAGCUGCACAUCAUCUGAACAGGGAAGCACUGUCCUUGAUUUAGGAAAACCUUCCUGUGCCGCUAAUGGAUGGAGUAAGGGUUUCUUCUUGCAUUUCCUUAUUCACACAGAUCCUUAGACUCAUGUGAAAUUCAGGUUUUGUAGCACUUUUCUAAUUCAGUAGUUUGUUCAUUUUCUACAGUUACAAUGAUGCCAUGUCUGUUCUACUGGCAUAUCUCUCUUGCAUUUUUUGUUUUUGUGAUCUAUGUCAGUAUUUUACAUAAAGCUGUUUGUUUUUAAUUAGGACUCAGAACACGUCAUUAAUCCUUCUGAGUCUGUGAACCUUCAAUGAACGCAAGUGGAUAACUAUCAUAUACACACCUCUGCUCUAAAGGGAGGUAUCUGAAGUCCACAAAGAAAUGGAAACGGUUGUUCUCUGUAGGAAAUCCCAUUGUCUGACUUCAUCCAGUCUGUUACAUGCAGGUCUUAUGCCUGGUGUAAGGUGCUCAUUUCUGUUAGGUUUUACCUGCUGUGCUUUAACAAUCAAACUUUAAACCUUGGGGAGUAUUUUGACCCAUUCUGACACUAGAAAGUGUAAACCUAUGUCAACAAUACUGCUGGAUCCAGAGUCCCAACAUGGAUACGCACCUAUUUUUUUUUCCUAACUCAAACUUCUGGUUUAGAUAUUCUGGCUGUGGUUUGUUAAUUUGUUCUUCUACUUUGUGUUCAGAUUGUUUCUUCUUACUACAUUACGGGUUUUAUUUGAGGUGAACAAAAUAUCAGUGAGAAUGUUGAGAGUUUUUAAGGUGAAAUUAAAUGCUUCCAAUGCUGCAAAUAAACACAUUAUAACAUGGGAAAUGAGGGGCUGAAAGGGUCAUACAAGAGGACAGCAGUGUACAGGAGGCAAAGCAAUCCUGCCAAACAUGGUCUCGAUCUUCCAAUUUAUUUGAAAACCACACUGAAUUUGUUACCUCUCCACUGAAAGAUACGCUUGAUGCUUCAACCUUACAGAUGGGCUCUGGUCCCAUGUAAGAAGCACUGGCUAUCCCUACAACCAUCCACUUUUCUUUGUGUAAUCUUUGGAUUUUACAAAAUGAUUUUAAUAAAUCAUGAUGUUCCAGCA